CGGGGCGGUGGCAAGGACGAAAGGCGGGGCGCGGGCUGUCGGCGCGCACGGCCUGUCGGGCCUUGUAGUCCGCGGGCAGCCGGCGGCGCCCGCUCGCUGCGGCAGCCGGACUACAGCUCCCGGCAGGCGCCGCGCGGCCGGAGCGGGGCAUGCAGGGGCUCGUAGUCCCGCGGGAGAGGCGGCCUGGCUGCCCCUCUGGCAUCCCGCCUCGGGGGUGGGGGUCGGCCGCCGGGCGGCGCAGCUCCCCGCCUGCCGGAGAUCGGGGGCCGGGUGUCUGGGGCCGGGGCUUUGGAGGACCUGGGCGCAGACCUCAGGUCGGAAGCACCCCCGAGCCCCGCCCCCCGCAGGGCCCUCCUUCCCUCUCGGACGCGUUGACGCCUCCCGCCGACCGCUUUCUCAGAUGUGGACGCUGAGGCGCGGAUACCCGGGCGGUCCGGGGCCGGUCCAUGACCUCCGGCCCGGGACCCCCGCGCGCCUGGCCCGCCCCGCUCCCCUGUCCUUGGGGGGGGGGCGGCGUCCAGGGAAGUGGGGAGCGUCCUGAGCCCCCACCUGCAAAGCCGGAGGCCGGGCGGAGCCAGGCAGAGGGCGGGCGAGGGCAGCUGCGAGCCUGAGGUCGGCCCCCCGAAGGGGACCCGCCACAACGGUGCCCGGCUGGACGUUGGGCCAGAGACGGCGGGUCGCUGACCAAGCUGGCAUACUACUCCACCGUACAGCACAAAGUUGCCAGAGUGCGCUCCUUCGACCACUCAGACAAGGUGAGCCUCCUGGGAGGACCCCGGGCAGGCCCUGGAAGCUUCUAGUGCCGAUGCCCCUCCCUCCAUGCUCCCAGCUUAGUUCCCCUUCCGUCCCAGCCCUGGCAAGAGCACCCCCGCCUCCCGCCUGCUCGUGCCUCCCCCCCGAGUCUCCCACCUGCGUCGCCAUCAAGACUCCCACGGACUUCAGGGACACAGAGCAGGACCACGAGCCGCCCUAUGAGAUCUCCGUUCAGGAGGAGGUUACCGCCAGGCUGCACUUUGUCAAGUUCGAGAACACCUACAUAGAAGCCUGCCUGGACUUCAUCAAAGACCAUCUGGUCAACACCGAGACCAAGGUCAUCCAGGCGACCGGGGGCGGGGCGUACAAGUUCAAAGACCUCAUCGAAGAGAAGCUGCAGCUGAAGGUUGACAAGGAGGACGUGAUGACCUGCCUGAUCAAGGGCUGCAACUUCGUGCUGAAGAACAUCCCGCACGAGGCCUUCGUGUACCAGAAGGGCUCCAACCCCGAGUUCCGGUUUCAGACCAACCACCCCAGCGUUUUCCCGUACCUCCUAGUCAGCAUUGGCUCUGGGGUCUCUAUCGUGAAGGUGGAGACAGAGGACAGGUUCGAGUGGAUCGGCGGCAGCUCCAUCGGGGGUGGCACCUUCUGGGGGCUUGGGGCUCUGCUCACCAAAACUAAGAAGUUUGACGAGCUGCUGCAUCUGGCUUCCAGAGGCCAGCACACGAACGUGGACAUGCUGGUGCAGGACAUCUACGGAGGGGCCCACCAGACCCUGGGGCUGAGCGGCAACCUCAUCGCGAGCAGCUUCGGGAAGUCGGCCACCGCGGACACAGAGUUCUCCAAGGAGGACAUGGCCAAGAGCCUGCUGCACAUGAUCAGCAACGACAUCGGGCAGCUCGCCUGCCUGUACGCCAGGCUCCACUGCUUGGACCGGGUGUACUUCGGCGGCUUUUUCAUCCGCGGCCACCCCGUCACCAUGCGCACCAUCACCUACAGCAUCAACUUCUUCUCCAAGGGGGAGGUCCAGGCGCUGUUCUUGAGGCACGAAGGCUACCUGGGCGCCAUAGGAGCGUUUCUUAAAGGAGCCGAGCAGGACAACCCAAACCAGUACAGCUGGGAAGAGAACUACGCCGGCAGCUCCGGGCUCAUGAGCUCCUCGCCCGAGCUCUGCCCAACGCAGCGGCCGAGGAGUGGCACCUUCGACUUGCUAGAAAUGGACCGUCUAGAGAGGCCGCUCGUCAACCUGCCUCUCCUUCUGGACCCGUCCUCCUACGUGCCUGACACGGUCGACCUCACAGACGACGCGCUGGCCAGAAAGUACUGGCUCACCUGCUUUGAGGAGGCCCUGGAUGGGGUCGUGAAACGCGCCGUGGCGAGCCAGCCAGGCUCCGUGGAUGCAGCCGAGAGGGCCGAGAAGUUCCGCCAGAAGUACUGGAACAAGCUGCAGACCCUGCGGCACCAGCCCUUCGCUUAUGGGACCCUGACCGUGCGCAGCCUCCUGGACACGAGGGAGCACUGUUUGAACGAGUUCAACUUCCCGGACCCCUACUCCAAGGUGAAGCAGAAGGACAACGGCGUGGCAUUAAAGUGUUUCCAGAGGGUGAUCCACUCUCUGGACGCCCUGGGCUGGGAGGAGAGGCAGCUGGCACUGGUGAAAGGGCUCCUGGCCGGCAACGUCUUCGACUGGGGAGCGAAAGCCGUCUCUGACGUCCUUGAAUCUGACCCCCAGUUUGGGUUUGAGGAGGCAAAGAGGAAGCUGCAAGAGCGGCCCUGGCUCGUGGACUCCUACAGCAAGUGGCUUCAAAGACUGAAGGGGCCCCCUCACAAAUGUGCCUUAAUUUUCGCAGAUAACAGUGGAGUAGACGUCAUUUUGGGAGUCUUCCCCUUUGUCAGGGAGCUUCUCUCUAGAGGGACGGAGGUCAUCUUGGCGUGCAACUCGGGACCCGCCUUGAACGACGUGACCUACAGCGAGUCCCUCAUCGUGGCCGAGCGCAUCGCGGCCAUGGACCCCGUCAUCCGCUCGGCGCUCAGAGAAGGGAGGCUGCUGCUCAUGCAGACUGGCUCCAGCUCCCCGUGUCUCGACCUCAGCCGCCUGGACAAGGGGCUGGCCGUGCUCGUGCGGGAGCGCGGCGCCGACCUGGUGGUCAUCGAGGGCAUGGGCCGCGCCGUCCACACGAACUACCACGCGGCCCUGCGCUGUGAGAGCCUCAAGCUGGCCGUCAUCAAGAACUCGUGGCUGGCCGAGCGGCUGGGUGGCCGGCUCUUCAGCGUCAUCUUCAAGUACGAGGUCCCGGCCGAGUGAGGUGCCACCGCCGCCGGGCUGCUCUGCCCGUCGCCUCAGGAACGUAUCUCGACUGCAACAGGGACCCGCGUUCAAAUCAGAAUAUUUCCAUUGUGCUUCUGUGAGAGAGCCGGCUGCGCCCAGGUGUGGGCUCAGCGCUCGUGGCCUCGGGCUUGGUGUUUCUUCAGUGCUGACGUGUUCGUGGUGGGGAGACACGACUUUUGUCCCGUGGAAUAUAUUUAACUGUUGAAUAAUCUUUUAUAUAUAUAUACGUAUACACAUACA